AGAGAACCAUCGGCCGAGUCCUCCUCCUGCCGUCGCCCGGAGAAGGAGUCGCAACACCGGUCCGUCUCCACCAUGGCUGCUGCGAGGUUCGGAAUCUUGGCCAGGUCUUUCUCCACCUCGGUGGCUACCAGGCAACUGGUUCAGCCCCCAGUGCAGGUAUUUGGAGUUGAGGGCCGAUAUGCUACUGCUCUUUACUCAGCAGCCAUGAAGAAGAAGUCCCUUGAUGCUGUAGACAAGGACAUCAAGGAGCUUUCUGGUCUGUUGAAGACUGAUCCCCAACUGAAGGAUUUCCUUACCAACCCUCUGCUGAGCAAGGAUCUCAAGAAGGAGGCCAUCAACUCUGUCCUGGCCAAGAAGAAUGCUAGUCCACUGACAGUCAACCUCUUUGGUGCUCUGGCUGAAAAUGGUCGUCUUGCCAGUGUGGAUGGUGUCCUGAAUUCCUUUGGUGUCAUCAUGGCUGCUGUGAGAGGAGAAGUCAUUUGUGAAGUUACAACUGCCAAGCCUCUUGAUGCAGCCAUGAAGAAGGAAUUGGAAGCAUCACUGAAGGCUUUCCUCAAGAAGGGCGAGUCCCUGCAGCUGACAAUGAAAGUGGACCCAUCCAUCAUUGGCGGAAUGAUCGUCUCUAUUGGCGACAAGUAUGCCGACAUGUCCAUGGCAUCCAAAAUUAAGAAGUUCACAUCUCUUCUUGAACAAGCCGUUUAAUUUUUUUUCUUGUAUUUUUAUAUUCUAAAGAAAAUCAGAGCAUCAAGCUUUGAGUAACGAAAAAAUGUAGGAAGCUGACAUCUAGAUUUGUUACCACCAGUGGGAAUGUAAAUGUUCAAGUAAAUUGUGGUAACAAUGAAAACACAAGGAAUGCAUUCCAGGUGACCAAGUUAAGUUCGGAAUGUAAAAUGAAUGGAUUUGAGGUUGUUGCAACCCAGUGUUUCCAGUGGAACUGUACAAAAUGGAAAUAUUACUAUAUGUAAAUUAAAAAUUUUAUGUAAAUUGUAUUUAUUUCAAUCAGACCUUUCAUAUUUUACAUGAAAGUAAUUCUUCUGUCUUCAUCUGAAUGUUUCCCCUUAUUAAUAAACCAGUAUGGUUA